UUCGAUUGUUUAAUAACAAUUUAAAACAGGCGGUGCGGUCGGCGAUUGCGCCAGUGUACGGCAAAACGGUGGGAACACACGCCGCGUUCUCGGUUUCGUUUGCGCGGGCGCAUUCCUCUUAUGAGCGAAAGUUUGUUUUUCAUAAUAAAAGUUUAUAAGUUAACAGAAUGAGUUUGGAGACAAGGAAAAAAAAAGUUAUGGAUACUUUUGAGAAAUACAACAUCGAACGCUGGGGUAAUGGCAACGGCAACAUUAAUAUUAAACCGUGCGCUCAGGUGGCAACAAAUGUGGUAGAGCAGAAGCACCAGGUGUCGAGGGCGACUAGAAGCCGUGCCCUCGGCAGUAGGGCCUUCCGUGGGAGCACCGUUUGGUUUACAGGGCUCAGUGGAGCCGGCAAGACCAGCAUCGCCUUUGCGCUCGAGGCUUACUUGGUCUCCAAAGGCAUUCCAGCAUACGGUCUCGACGGCGACAACAUUCGCACCGGACUCAACAAGAACCUCGGCUUCACUAAGGAAGACCGCGAGGAGAACAUCCGCAGGGUGGCCGAAGUGGCGAAACUCUUCGCAGACAGUGGUGUCGUGUGCCUGUGCAGCUUUGUGUCACCUUUUGCUGAGGACCGAGAAGUGGCUCGUCGCAUCCACACAGAUUCGGACCUGCCUUUCUUCGAAGUUUUCAUUGACACUCCGCUAGAAGUGUGCGAACAGAGGGAUACCAAGGGUCUCUACAAGAAAGCGAGAGAAGGACAAAUAAAGGGUUUCACAGGCAUCACACAGGAGUAUGAGCGGCCUGAAGAACCGGAGCUCAUCGUGCAAACAGUUGGCCCGUCUAUAGAGGAAUCCACAAUGGAGGUUAUCAAGCUGCUAGAAUCAGAGGGCAUAAUUCCUCGGUCCAGCAGUGGCAGCGUGCCCGAGGAGCUGUUUCUCCACGGCAACCGCCUCACCAGCGCCAUCGAAGAAGCCACGCAGUUGCCACAUCUCGAUAUCACAGAACUCGACUUACAGUGGGUCCAGAUUUUAUCCGAAGGUUGGGCUUAUCCACUCAAAGGAUUUAUGCGUGAAAAAGAAUAUUUACAAGCCCUGCAUUCCAACUGCUUAGUGUUGCCGGACGGGUCGCUCAUCAACCAAUCCGUGCCCGUAGUGUUGCCAGUCCACACCGAGGUCAAGGACCGUUUGACAGGCGCGGCAGCCAUCGCUCUGUCGUAUGGCGGGAAAGUUGUCGCCGUUUUAAGAGCGCCGGAGUUUUAUCCACACAGAAAAGUCGAGAGGUGUUCGAGACAAUUCGGGAUCUAUCACACUGGACACCCUUAUAUCAAGAUGAUCGAAGAAUCCGGGGAUUGGCUAGUGGGCGGUAACCUGGAGGUAUUCGAGCGUAUACGCUGGAACGACGGUCUCGAUUCGUACCGCCUCACGCCCAACGAGCUUAGGCAAAAGUUCAAGGAGCUGGGUGCCGACGCCGUGUUUGCAUUCCAGUUGAGGAAUCCAAUUCACAAUGGUCACGCUCUUUUGAUGCAAGAUACACAGAAGCAACUCGUGGAGCGAGGUUUCAAAAAACCAGUUCUUCUAUUGCACCCGCUUGGUGGGUGGACGAAAGACGAUGACGUGCCUUUAGAAGUGAGGAUCAACCAGCACAAGGCCGUCCUCAAUGAAGGAGUUCUGGACCCUCAAGCGACUGUGCUUGCUAUUUUCCCCUCACCGAUGAUGUACGCCGGACCCACUGAGGUGCAAUGGCACGCUAAGUGCCGUAUGAACGCCGGUGCCAAUCACUACAUUGUGGGCCGCGACCCCGCCGGCCUACCUCAUCCCGACGGGUCCGGCGACCUCUACGACCCACGGCACGGCGCCAUGCUGCUGACCGUCGCACCCGGCCUCAACGACCUCGAGAUUAUCCCGUUCCGCGUGGCUGCCUACGACACAUCUGUUGGCAAAAUGGCUUUCUUUGACCCCACUCGCAAGGAGGAUUUCGACUUCAUAUCAGGAACCAGGAUGAGAGGACUUGCUAGAGCAGGCAAGGAACCUCCCAAAGGUUUCAUGGCACCAACAGCAUGGAAAGUACUGUCAGAAUACUACCAAUCGUUAAAAUCUAAAAUGGAAACUAAUUGAAACGCAGUCACAACUGAACCUCAAACAAAUCAUACGUAACAUUUAUAAUAGGCUUUAUUGACAGUUCUACAGGCAUUCAUUUAUUUAGCUAGUCAAUUGAGCUUGAAUAAUUGACAAUUUUCUUUUAUUGUUGUUUUAAAAUAAAUAUAUUUGUAGGUAGUUCUACAAUUGAAAUUCCUAAAGUACAC